AUGUCGUGUCCUGCAGAUAAUAAGAAUGAAACUGAUAUUAACUUUUGGGAUCAUGGUCCCAAUUUAAAUGCUCAGAUAAUCGGAUGGAUUGUAGCAGGUUUAUGUACAUUAUUUUCCACUAUUAUAUCAUUUUAUUUAAUAUUUAAACAUUGUCAGAACUAUCAUAAACCAAACCAACAACGAUAUAUAAUUCGAAUUAUCCUUCUUAUUCCAAUUUUUUCUAUAACCUCAUGGUUAUCCUAUCGUUUCCUCCGUUACAGUGAAUACUUUGAAACAAUUCGAAGUUGUUACGAAGCAUUUGUAAUAUUUUCAUUUUUUGCUUUAUUAACUCAAUAUGUCGGAGAUAAUAUGACAGAAGAAAAACGGAGGAAAAUUUUUUAUGUGAAUAAAAACGAUGAUAAUGAUCAUGAUAUACAAUUUGUUAAAAUGAGAUAUCCAGUCCCAAGUUGUUGUAUUACAUAUAAUCCUAAUAGUAAUUCACAUUUAUUAUUUAUUAAAUGGGGAGUACUUCAAUAUGUGGUGGUAAAUCUCAUAAUAAAGUUUACGGCUUUACUCACUAAUGCGUUAGGAGUUUAUUGCGAAGGAAGUAUGAGUUUUAGAUACGCUAAAGUUUAUUGUACUAUAAUUGGUUUUCUUAGUGUUGCUACGGCUAUGUAUGCUUUGAUUACAUUCUAUCUGACUAUAAAAGACGCAAUUAAAGAAGAAAACCCAUUUUAUAAAUUUCUUUGCAUAAAAUUGGUCAUUUUCUUAACAAUAAUACAAAAUAUAAUAUUUUCUAUGUUGGAAGAAGCUGGAGUAAUUAAAGGAACCGAAUAUUGGACAAGUGCGAAUAUAUCACAUAGCUUUAACGCAUUCUUGUUAUGUUUCGAAAUGUUAUUGUUUGCAAUUUUAUAUUUAUACGCAUUUGGUUAUCGUAAAUAUCGAGAUAUAAGUGAUAAAUUUGGAAAGAAGAUGGGAGAUGAAGAAAGAAAACAUAUUCAAACACCAAUAAGUAAAGGAAUUCUGGAUGCAUUUAAUCCCAAAGAUCUUUAUAGUGAAAUUAAAUUUGUUUGUAAAUAUAUUUGGUUUUUAAUAAGUGGAAAAAAAUUACCUGAUUCUACCAGUAAAGCAUUAAAUAUUUAUGCAGCUAUUCAUUCUCACGAUCAAAGAACAUACAAUCCUUUGAUUGUUAAUAAUCACGAGGUGGAGAAUCAGAAAGGGGAAGAGGAGGUGUGA